GACGUCAUGCCUCAAAUUGGUGCAGAACCAUCCCACCCAUCCAGCACGGUCGAUAUAUACUGUGGCAAAGUAACAUCAACAACGGGCACUGAAUUUAUAAGUAAGAAACCACUGGGUGAACGGGAAAUUCAAUUGAGGAUUUCUACCCAUAAGUGAAGAAAGUACACAGAAGGUAUCAAAGUAGUGGGGCUAUUUACACGGUAAACACAGCGAAGAAUCCUGGGGUUGCCUUCUAGCGUACUUGGAUCCACGUGUUGCAGACGUGUGUUUGGCGGUACGCGCUACUUUGACCGGUCGUAAUUUGCCUCUGCCUGUGUCAAAAUGUUCUGCAAGACAUUAACAGCCACUGUGACAUGGUGCAGACUUUACAGACUACAGCUUCACUCGGAAACUUUAUAAUCGCGUUAGCUUAACUAAGUUUCUCCAAGCUUUCGUAGACGUACAGUGUCCAGACUUAAUCAGUGACACACGGAUGUAAUCUUUUAAUUAAAGCACUGGAAGAACUCAGUGUUUCUGCUGGAAGGCACCGACGACAUACAAGGAUAUUCCUCAGGAUUUACGAAACACAUCGACUUUGAAACAACCUGCUUUCUUUCUUUCUUUGCGCCAUUUCUCAGGACUUUGAAACUCUUUCCUCUACAAUGUCGGAUAUAUUAUUGUUUUUGAUAACAAUUUUCAACUUGUGGCUGGUGACGAUGGCAAAUAACGGGUACCUGGUUACAUGCCCCAGUGUAUUCAGGCCAGCUGUUGAGGAAGUGGUGAGUGUGACCAUUCUCCAGCCCACAGAACCUAUUCAAAUACUGGCCAAACUGUACACAGAAGACGGCAAACUACUCGCUAAAGCUUCGGAAGAAAUUAUGGGUAAGGGAGUGCUCAGGAUUCAGGUACCCCGAGAUGCACGAGGACGUGCUACACUUAAAGUAUGUGGGAAUUGCCAGUUUCCGAAGGAAGGGACAUACAAUUUUUAUAAUUCAACAGUGAUAGAUAUUGAGGAUUCGGGUACAGCGGUUUUUAUCCAGACUGAUAAACCUAUUUAUAAACCUGGACAGAGAGUGUAUAUCAAUAUUUUAACAACAGGGCCUGAUCUUAAGCCUGUGGAUGACAAAAUGUUGGCUUAUGUUAUGGAGCCAAAGGGUUCUCGUAUAAUCCAAUGGGCAGAUUUAAAGCCUUUAUGUUGUGGUCUUGUGAACACAUCAUUUCCCCUCUCUGACCAACCAACCCUGGGAAAGUGGACCAUAUUUGCUGAGGUCCAAGGAGUUAAAUAUAACAGGACCUUUGAAGUCCAGAAAUAUGUUGCACCAAAAUUUGAAGUUAUCAUUGAGGCUCCACCUUAUGUUGAUGACUGGACCAAAUGUCAUGCUAUUAAAAUACGAGCAAGGUAUUUGUAUGGUAAAGAAGUUAUUGGGAAUAUUUCUUCAAGUGUAACUGUCAAAGGAACAGGGUAUUAUGAAGACUACAAAGGACUCAAAGUUGUGACAAAUUCUAUGAUCCGUGGAGUGGUGGCACUCAAUGUAUGUGUCAGUGACCUUUUUCCUUAUGACUCUAGAUCAUACUUUCGAGGUGUUCUCAGCAUCAGGGCUGUGGUUACUGCACUGGAUGGAAACACUGCUGAGGCCAUUGAUGAAUCAUGUGCAGUCAAUAAGCAACUUGUUGAUUUAGAAUUUUCUCAAGACACCCGCAAACACUUUAAACCUGGAUUGCCAUAUAGGGGAAAGGUUUUGGUAUAUUUACCUGAUGGUUCUCCAGGAGAUGACAUCACUGUGCAAGUUGCAGCAGAUGUUAAUGGUGAUAGAUUUUCUGAACAAGAACUUGUCAGUAAAAAUGGACAAGUUUUCUUUGAGUUUCCACCUCUUCCUGUCAUGGCACAGUCAGUAUGGAUAGAUGCAAAGGUGAUAAAGGUUUAUGGAAAAGAUGUCAGAGAUUCAUACUUUUCUUCUUACUUGUCUAUUACAAGUUGGUAUUCCCCUAGUAAGUGUCAUUUGCUUGUAGAGAGCAGGGAGGAUUCUUACAAGAUUGGAGACCUUGCUAAAUUUAAAAUCUGGUCCACCUGUCAGUGUAACUUCAUGCUGUAUUAUGAGGUUCUAUCUAGAGGAAAUAUUGUAACCUCAGGAAAACACAAAGUAAAAAGGCCACAUUCUAGGCAUAGUAGAGAAGCAGCUAAUGUGACUUUGGUCACCUUCCAGUCAAAGUCACCAGAUCCAACCCCUAAAUCCACCAACUGCCAUGCAGUAUUAACCUUUCCCAUCACGGCAGCCAUGGCUCCAUUUGGUCGUCUGCUUGUCUAUUAUGUCAAGGACACUGGUGAAGGAGUCGCAGACACUGUCAGAUUUGAUGUCCAGCCAGGGUAUGAAAAUAAGAUAUCGCUUGCACUCCCCAAGACUGAAGUGGGUCCAGGAGAUCUUACUAGACUUCGUGUUAGUACCAAGCCUGCCAGCUGUGUGUGCUUGGCUGCUGUAGACAGAAGUGUCUAUUUACUCAAGCCUGGAUACCAACUUACUACAGCAAAGGUCUUUGAUGAGUUGAAAAAGUUUGAUGUCACAGCAGAUCAAACUGAUGAUACCUAUUGGUGGGGUAUCUCCAGGCGGCGUAAGAAAAGGUCCACCUUUCCCUGGUGGACAUUCUUUAGAUCUCGUGAUGCGAAGUAUGCAUUUGAGGAGGCUGGAUUAAUAAUCUUGACUGACAAAGUUUCACUUAAUCAUAAACAAGAUCCAAGGGAUUUUCAGGGUCCUCUGUUUCAAAGUCCAUUUGGAGACAGAUAUUUGGCUUUGGUCAGGCCAUACUUUUAUGCUGCAAAGAUCACGCCAAGAGUGGCAAGAGUAUCCGUCCUUGUAUGCACCUUCACGAUGUUCUUAGUCAGCUUAGGCCCCGUGUUUGGUUGGAGCAGUUAUUACAUCUCAGAAGGCAUCAGCUGCCUCUACACCUUGGUAUUCAGCAACACACACUGGGUGACAUUUCUUACUUCGCUCUGUACAUGA